AUGAAAGGUCGUGACGGCCUCGGCGGUGGCUCGUGUGCGCCUAACGACGUGUUCUGUUCUGUUCCGGGAAGGCUGUCGCUGCUCUCCUCUACCAGCAAGUACAAAGUUACCGUAGCUGAAGUACAGAGGCGACUGUCGCCGCCUGAAUGUCUAAACGCGUCGUUAUUAGGCGGAGUACUGAGGAGGGCGAAAAGUAAAAAUGGCGGCAGAUUACUUCGAGAGAAAUUGGAAAAGAUCGGCCUCAACUUACCAGCUGGGAGACGGAAAGCUGCCAAUGUUACCUUACUUACGUCCCUUGUUGAAGCGGAGGCGGUGCACUUGGCGCGGGACUUCGGCUACGUGUGUGAGACGGAGUUCCCUGCGCGGGCGCUCGCGGAGUACCUCGCGCGGCAGUACGCGGAGCACGACGCCAGGAGGCGGCGGGAUCUGCUACAAGCUACUAAACAGGUGACCAAGGAGCUGAUGGACCUGUUAAACCAGGACCGGUCCCCGCUGUGCAACACGCGGCCGCCGCACCUGCUGGAGCCCGCGGUGCAGCGACACCUCACACAUUUCUCACUCAUCUCGCACGGUUUCGGCGGACCAGCUAUCGUCGCCGCGCUCACCGCCAUACAGAACUUUUUAAACGAAUCUCUCAAGCACUUAGACAAAUUGUACCCUCAGAGUGGCAUGGUGUCAUCUUCUAUGGACAAAACUAAAAUGGAUCCCGACAUCAAAAAGUAACACAAGAACAAAGAUGGCGUCUUUAGUGUGUCACACGAACGCGCCUUCAAUCCAACGACUAUGGACUUCCGUUCGAAAAUGUUGCCAGUGUAUAAAUUAUUUUUAACGGGUCAAAGUAAAUAUAAUAAAAUACUUUAUAGUGAUUUCGACAGUAUAAGAAAUAGACGUUUGCGUCAUAAAUUGUACUAUAAUAAAAAACCAAACAAAGUAUAAUACUAACGCUUAAAAGAGUCAUCAGGUUAUACUUUGUAACUUUUGAAAACCUUAAAUAAUUAUCAUAAAUUGAAUAUACUCUUUAUUAUAACUCGGGGACUUGACUAUUUUUAACUCAGGAAUAUGUAUCAAUUUAAUUUUGAAACUUUAAAAUUCAUUUAUUUUACUUUGUGACGUCACAUUCCCCUUGUAACCGUGGGUUUUCUUCGCAGAGACAUGUUUAAAUAUUGUCUCUAUCUCUCUAAAAGAAAAUGAAAGAGAUGCCGAUAUAUUGUCAACAUGUAUUUCGCAAGUGAAGCCCACGGUAUCGUAUUAAAAGGUCAUUUUUGUAUUAAUAAUUAUAAAUUAAGUAUGUAACCAAUUUUAGUAGAAAACUGCCAUAACUGGUAUGCGUAUAUUUUUAUGAUGGCAAGCCGCUUACUGUUGAUUUCAACUUUCGAAACACUUGUAUAAAUACGUUGUCAGUCUUUAAUAAAAACAGAGACCACUACAUUUUUUUAUCAAGUGUUUAGGUAGUGGAAUUUCAGUGUUUCAAAAGUGCAAUUAUAAUACUCAAGAUUGUGAGAAUAUUGUACAUAUAGACUUAUGAGCAACCAUAGUAUUAUUUAAGCAUUUACAUUACUAUUUUAAAAUGUAACAGUCAUUGAUUUAAAAAUGGAGGACCAUAGACAAGGCAAACGUUUUAACGUAACUAAGAAAAGGUUAAAAAUAAAAAAGUGCGUUUGCAAUAAUGACAAAUAAUGUAAAUAUCUGUAAUGCGAUUUAGAUUUUAUGUUGUUGCACAUAAGUAGCAAUUUUGUACUAAAAUUUAAAUGUAAAAACACUUUUUUCAUAUUCAAACCGACUUGGUAUUCGUAUAACCGUCCAUCUAAAAAUCUUAAUAACGGAAAAUGUUUUUUUAUUAUUUUUCUUAACUAUGGUCCUACAUUUAUUACAAAGCAAUAGUGUCUGGUGACUAGCAAGAAACAUAUCAAAUAUUAUGUGUAAAUAUAAAAUAAUAAUAAUUUUUUUCAUCUUCAUUACGCGAAUUUAGACAUACGAAUAAAGUUUCGAACCUCUUUAGUUUGUAUGAAUAGGUUAUAGUUUUGAUAGUGAAAGUGACAGUGUGCCAAUUAGUUUAUACUAUGCAUCGUUGAAUGGUUCUUAAUUAUUUACUAUUUAUUCUUAAAACGUUCUGUAUAUAUCAGAAAGAUACAUUCCAAUUUUCCCUUGUAAUUUAUGUAUUAAAAUAUGUCCACUUUAUUCAAAAUUGAAACUAUUAGAUUAUCUAUGUAUCUUAAAUAAUUGGAGUAUGUUAUUCCUCGAAAAUCAAUUAAAAAGUAUUUUUAUAACCCUAAUUUU